AAAGGCCCAAGAAGAAAAUCUUUUUGAAUCUCUCUGCGAGUCUACACUGCGUGAGAUAGAUUGAAAGCUCCAAAACGCUUCGUCAAUGGCGGCCUUAGAAGAAGCUAAGCUUGAAAAUUUUCUGCAGUGGCUACAGGUGAUUGAAGUGGAACUACGGGAUUUCAAGAUCAAAUACCGCGACUCCAGUAAAAUUUUCUUAUCUAACGAUGUCGCUAAAGGAUGGUGGAACUUGAAAAGGGUUCAGUGACAGAGGAGAGUGAUGCUGAUUUACUUGGGAAGGCUUGAUGCAUGGAAAACCGUGAAGAUUGCAAAAGCAACAAUGGACAAAUGUGGACUCUUUUACCAGAGAAAGAUAUGGCACCAAUGGCGCUCUUCAACAUCCUUUAAUGAGUUGGAACAGGCGGUCGAGCAUAUUAUAUUGACAACGGCAGAAGCAAUUAACUCGUAUGUUCCUACAAGAAGCAGAACACGCCUUGCUAUUUGCACUGAGAGAAGGAAAUUAGAUUCUUCGGCCAAAAUCCAGCUCAUUCAUCUUGUGUAUGACCGGCCUUAUUUGACUAUAUUCUUUCAGAUUACACACCAGAAAACAAAAAAGAUUGAAAUGCAGAAAAAUCAAUGAAAGUCGAGGAACCUGGCAAAUGUAUCCUUCUGGUAAUGUAAUAUUUGGGACGAGGUUGAUGAUAAUGAGCUGAACAGCCUGAACUUGGCUUUGAGCUGCAUUGUAGUUAGAAUUUUGGAUGGAGCAACGGUUACUUUUCCCUCAAUUCAGAGGUCAAGAAGUAGAAUGUUGAAAUUCAGAAGAUUUUAGCUUUUUUCUUA